CCGGCACUCUGACUCCUGGUGGAUGGGACUAGGGAGUCAGAGUCAAGCCCUGACUGGCUGAGGGCGGGCGCUCCGAGUCAGCAUGGAAAGUCUCUGCGGGGUCCUGGUAUUUCUGCUGCUGGCUGCAGGACUGCCGCUCCAGGCGGCCAAGCGAUUCCGUGAUGUGCUGGGCCAUGAGCAGUAUCCUGAUCACAUGAGGGAGCACAACCAAUUACGUGGCUGGUCUUCAGAUGAAAAUGAAUGGGAUGAACAGCUGUAUCCAGUGUGGAGGCGGGGAGAGGGCAGAUGGAAGGACUCCUGGGAAGGAGGCCGUGUGCAGGCAGCCCUAACCAGUGACUCACCGGCCUUGGUGGGUUCCAAUAUCACCUUCGUGGUGAACCUGGUGUUCCCCAGAUGCCAGAAGGAAGAUGCCAACGGCAAUAUCGUCUAUGAGAGGAACUGCAGAAGUGAUUUGGAGCUGGCUUCUGACCUGUGUGUCUACAACUGGACCGCAGGGGCAGACGAUGAGGACUGGGAAGACAGCACCAGCCAAGGCCAGCACCUCAGGUUCCCUGACAGGAAGCCCUUCCCUCGCCCCCACGGACGGAAGAAAUGGAACUUCGUCUACGUCUUCCACACACUUGGUCAGUAUUUUCAAAAGCUGGGUCGGUGUUCAGCACGAGUUUCUAUAAACACAGUCAACUUGACAGUUGGCCCUCAGGUCAUGGAAGUGAUUGUCUUUCGAAGACACGGCCGGGCAUACAUUCCCAUCUCCAAAGUGAAAGACGUGUAUGUGAUAACAGAUCAGAUCCCUAUAUUCGUGACCAUGUACCAGAAGAAUGACCGGAACUCGUCUGAUGAAACCUUCCUCAGAGACCUCCCCAUUUUCUUCGAUGUCCUCAUUCACGAUCCCAGUCAUUUCCUCAACUACUCUGCCAUUUCCUACAAGUGGAACUUUGGGGACAACACUGGCCUGUUUGUCUCCAACAAUCACACUUUGAAUCACACGUAUGUGCUCAAUGGAACCUUCAACUUUAACCUCACCGUGCAAACUGCAGUGCCGGGACCAUGCCCCUCACCCACACCUUCACCUUCUUCUUCGACUUCUCCUUCACCUGCAUCUUCGCCUUCACCCACAUUAUCAACACCUAGUCCCUCUUUAAUGCCUACUGGCUACAAAUCCAUGGAGCUGAGUGACAUUUCCAAUGAAAACUGCCGAAUAAACAGAUACGGUUACUUCAGAGCCACCAUCACAAUUGUAGACGGAAUCCUAGAAGUCAACAUCAUCCAGGUAGCAGAUGUCCCAAUGCCCACACCGCAGCCUGACGACUCACUGAUGGACUUCAUUGUGACCUGCAAAGGGGCCACUCCCACGGAAGCCUGUACGAUCAUCUCUGACCCCACCUGCCAGAUCGCCCAGAACAGGGUGUGCAGCCCCGUGGCUGUGGAUGAGCUGUGCCUCCUGUCCGUGAGGAGAGCCUUCAAUGGGUCCGGCACGUACUGUGUGAAUUUCACUCUGGGAGACGAUGCAAGCCUGGCCCUCACCAGCACCCUGAUCUCUAUCCCUGGCAAAGACCUAGAUUCCCCUCUGAGAACAGUGAAUGGUGUCCUGAUCUCCAUUGGCUGCCUGGCCAUGUUUGUCACCAUGGUUACCAUCUUGCUGUACAAAAAACACAAGACGUACAAGCCAAUAGGAAACUGCACCAGGAACGUGGUCAAGGGCAAAGGCCUGAGUGUUUUUCUCAGCCAUGCAAAAGCCCCGUUCUUCCGAGGAGACCAGGAGAAGGAUCCACUGCUCCAGGACAAGCCAUGGAUGCUCUAAGUCCUCAGUCUCACUUCUGACUGGGAACCCACUCUUCUGUGCAUGUAUGUGAGCUGUGCAGAAGUACAUGACUGGUAGCUGUUGUUUUCUAGGGAUUAUUGUAAAAUGUAUAUCAUGGUUUAGGGAGCGUAGUUAAUUGGCAUUUUAGUGAAGGGAUGGGAAGACAUAAUAUUUCUUCGCAUCUGUAUUGUGGUUUUUAUACUGUUAAUAAGGUGGGCACAUUGUGUCUGAAGGGGGAGGGGGAGGUCACUGCUACUUAAGGUCCUAGGUUAACUGGGGGAGGAUGCCACAGGCUCCCCAGGUUUCCACACAAGAUGUGCCUGAACCCAGCUAGUCCUGACCUAAAGGCCAUGCUUCACCAACUGUAUCUCAGCUCAUUGAACAUGCCUGAGCGCCUGACGGAAUUAUAAUGGGACCAAGCUUGUUGUAUGCUGUGUGUGUACAUAAGAUACUCAUUAAAAAGACAGUCUA